GACACUGGCUCAGCUAUAAGAGAGAGGAGGGCGAUUGAGAGAGAGUGAGUGAGUUGCGUUUUAUACCCUGUUUGGGGGAGAUCAGAGAAUUUUUCUGCUAUCUCUACACUGCAUUUAAAACUGGAUUUUGUACUGCGCAUCCCACAGCAACUCGGCCGAUAUUGAAAGCUUCGCCGGGAGAGGAAGGAGAAGAAAGGGAGUGAGUGGAAUCAGGAUUGAGGAGGGAGAAGCUCGGGACAUCUGAGAUUAAACAGGGAAAAAUGCAAGCGGUGCCACCCACAGUAAAGAUCGAGAAGCCCGAAGAACCUGAGACCUUCGAGAACAAGGAGAGGCAUUUUGAGUUCUGUGGACACCGAUUGCAAAUUACACAACAUUUAAAAACCCUUGGUAUACCAGCUGUUAUAUGGCCAUCGGGGCUGGCUUUAUGCAGAUACUUUGACAAGGUUCGGAUGGACUUUUCAGGGAAGAAGAUAAUCGAAUUAGGCUCGGGGACGGGACUAGUGGGAAUACUUGCAACUUUGUUGGGGGGUGAAGUGACGCUGACAGACCUGCCUAAGGUUCUGCACCAAGUGGAGGACAAUGUGUUGAAGAACGUCCCCUCUGCUCUGGGCAAGCGAGCACAGGUGUGCGCUCUAGAGUGGGGCAAGGAUGAGGGGAUGUUCCCCUCGGACUAUGAUGUGGUGCUGGGAUCCGAUCUCAUCUACCACCCGAGACACUUCCAAUCACUCAUCGACACCUUACUGCACGUCAGCAGUCCACAUACCAUCAUCUACUUCAGUUCCAACAUCAGCGCCAACAUGGGUGGUCGAAGUUUUCACCAGGAGAUUGUUCCCAAGUAUUUCAAUUCUGAGAUCCUGGAUGAGAUAACGGCCAAGGAGAUCAGAAUCUUCAAGUUGACCAAAAAGUAUGACACCAAUUGAUCGCAAUGUGCUGGAGUAACUCAGCGGGACAGGCAGCAUCUCUGGAGAGAAGGUGACGUUUCCGGUCGAGACCCAUCUUAGAAAGCUGAGUUGCUCCAGCUUUUUGUUUCUUCAUGUGUGCAAUUUUGGUCUAAUUUGCAGAGACCGUUCCCUCCGCAACUCCAUGGUUAACUCAUCCCUUCCCACCCAAACCACCCCCUCCCCAGGUACCUUCCCCUGCACCGCAGAAAAUGCAACACCUGUCACUAUACCUCCCCCCUUGACUCUGUCCAGGGAUGCCAACAUUCCUUUCAGUUUAGGCAGAGGUUCACCUGCACCUCCUCCAACUUCAUCUGCUGUUCAAGAUGUAGACUCUUAUACAUCGGCGAGACCAAAUGCAGACUGGGCGAUCAUUUCACGGAAUACCUUUGCUCAGCCUGCUUGAACCAACCUAAUCUCCCAGUUGCUGGACACUUUAAUUCCCCUUCUCAUUCCCCCCCAGACCUCGGUCUCCUCCAUUGUCAGAGUGAUGCUAAACGCAUAUUGGAGGAACAGCAUCUUAUAUUUUCUUUGGGCAGCCCAGUGGUAUGAAUAUUGAUUUCCUUCACUUCAGGUAGCCCCGGC